AUGAACAGAACAGGUGAGAAAUAAAAAAAAGAAAUUAUUACUAAGAAAUUAUAUAUAAUUUAUUUUAAAUUAAUGUCUAAGAGAAGAAAGAAUAGUUCAUCUUCAUCGUCAUCAUCAUCUUCAUCUUCAUCUCCUGAGAAAAAGAUCUAUGUUAACCAAUGCGACAAAUACAAGGAAGAAAGAUAAUCUGAAAUAAGGAUACAUUUUUAUUUCAAGGAUUUGUACAUUGGAGGAUUGAAAGAAGAUGAAUUUUUAUUUUAUUUACAUGGACGCAUAUAAAAGGCUGUAAGAAUCUCUCUUUCUAAAAGAGGGUCCAUGCGAUUUGUUACAAAUAAGUUCAAUAAAUAAGNUGAAGAUGAUGAACUUGAUGAAGAUGAUCUUGAGGAGGAUCUUGAAGAAGAAGAACUAGAUGAAGAACUCAUUAAAAAAAUUAUUAAAUAAAUUAUUUCAUUUUCAUUCCUAAUUUUGGAUUAUAUCAGACUUUUUUAUCAAACCUUAUUAUUUAUUCAUUUUGCUCAUUUCCAUUCAAUUAAUCUCUUUUUCUUCUUAAUAUUCAACUUUUAUUUAUCUUAUAGUUUAUUCUAUCAAUCUCUUUAAUUGAUCAUAUAUUAAUGA